GCGCGCGCAUCCCCACGAGAUCCCCGCCCUUCCGAUGGCUCUGGCACCCAGCGGCGGGCCGGUGGUUGCGGAGGUGGAGAUGAACGCCGGCGCCGACCUGGGUGCCACCACCGUGCGGGCGACUGUUGUGCAGGCCUCCACCGUCUUCUACGACACCCCUGCAACGCUUGAUAAAGCAGAGAAAUUGAUAGCGGAGGCAGCUGGAUAUGGUUCACAGUUGGUUCUUUUUCCAGAAGUCUUUGUUGGUGGCUACCCUCAUGGUUCUACCUUUGGCCUGACUAUUGGCAGUCGAUCUGCCAAGGGAAAAGAAGACUUUCGAAAGUACCAUGCAGCUGCCAUAGAUGUGCCUGGCCCAGAGGUUAGCCGCUUAGCUGCAUUGGCUGGAAAAUACAAGGUCUUCUUGGUGAUGGGGGUUGUUGAAAGGGCAGGCUACACAUUGUACAACACAGUGCUCUCCUUUGAUUCUCUGGGAAAAUACCUAGGAAAGCACCGCAAGCUGAUGCCUACCGCACUGGAACGAGUAUUCUGGGGAUUCGGAGAUGGAUCUACCAUACCUGUGUAUGAUACUCCACUUGGUAAAAUUGGUGCUGUCAUCUGCUGGGAGAACAGAAUGCCACUUCUCAGGACAGCGAUGUAUGCCAAAGGUGUUGAAAUAUACUGUGCUCCCACUGCGGACACACUGCCAAGUUGGCAGGCUUCCAUGACACACAUUGCCCUUGAAGGGGGAUGCUUUGUUCUGACAGCAAACCAGUUCUGUCGCCGAAAAGAUUAUCCUCCCCCGCCUGAAUAUACCUUUGGUGGCCUGGAUGAAGAGCCAUCCCCAGAUACUGCUGUUUGUGUUGGAGGGAGUUCCAUCAUUUCGCCAUCUGGUACAGUGUUGGCAGGUCCCAACUAUGAAGGCGAGGCCCUCCUCACAGCUGACCUAGACCUUGGAGAAAUUGUCAGAGCGAAGUUUGAUUUCGAUGUUGUGGGACACUAUGCACGACCUGAGGUGCUGAGCUUGAAUGUGAAGACCGAACCAAAACACGCCGUGUCUUUCACCGGAUAAGACUUUAGGCGCAAAGUGCGAAGAUGCUUUAAGACCCAAAUCUUACAUUGCUGUGUAUAAUAAAAUUAUCAUUCGGCCUCUGUCUUGACACUACAACAAUAAUUGUGCCUUUGUAUUUCUUGUAAAGACUUGGAGGCGAUGUUUGUCAGCACAAACAAUUACGACCCUAAUUUACAGGUCUUACCGUUCGUUC